GUAAGGCAACGAAACAAAGCACCCCAGCUUGUGCUGAUUGAUGAUGCGUCCUAGACUUAUUUAGUGUCUGCCCGACUGUUAACUGUCGACACCACAAAUCGCUUUCUUCAACAUGGGUCCUAGAAAGCGUGCAAAGCCCAAUCCAGCAGAGGCCAGCUCAGCCAGUCUCCCAACCACCAUGCCAUCCCAGCCGAGCACUGCGUCACAGGCCAGUUCGGCGUCAACAGCAAAUGCCACAACCAGCCCUGGGACACCGUUACCAUCCCAGCAAGAUGAGCCUGCUCAUUCCGGAGGCUCGGCUCAGAAGCCAUCUCAGCAGGUCCAUAAGACGCGAAGCUGGUACGGGUCCUGGCCGCGAGCUCCCAAAUCCACAGCCUCUACUCAAGUUGCACGGGAAACUAUACUGGGAGGGACAACAAAACCCAAAGCGACUGCAGACUUCAGCCGCUUCGACACGAAGAGAGCUACAGACUCUGCGAGCCUCGACAGUACGACUUCGUUACCGAACAUACCCGAGAAUGGAAAGGACACGGAGGGUGGGGAUCAGGAAGAUUCGGGGAGCGCACAGGAUAAUGCAUCAACAGUCCAGGCCAACGGCGAACCUCCGCAGCCUGACGUUCCCGUUCCUGAUAGCGGCGGAGGCGCCAUGGAGACAGACAGAGAGCAGCAACCACCUCCUCCGACGGAGCCACAGCGGCCAUCGACCUCCUCUGGGUGGCUAGGGUGGAUUUGGUCGCCAUCAACACCGGGACAGCCACAGCCUAUAGCUCCGGAACCCACCCCUGCGGAACUGGAAAAUGAGGCGGAUAAGGAGGAGGCAGCUGAAGGGGUAGUUUCGGCGCCACCUGCAGAGCCGGUCACAGAGCCGGUCCCAGAGCCGGUUGCCCAGGCCUCUCUUCAGGACCAGCAACAGUCGGCACGCGAAAGUUCCUGGUUCGGGUUCUGGCCAUCGAGAGGUACAGAUCAGGCUGCUGCACCGAACACGCCUGCUUCUGCAGCAGGGUCGAAUCAACCAGCCGAGCCCGUCAGUGGCCCCGAAGACGUGGUGAUGGAGGAUGCGCCCCCUGUCCAACUACCCGAUCCUCCACCCCCAAAGGCUGGCUCGACGUGGGCAUUUUGGUCGAGAGACUCCGGCCCGAGUUCUGUGAGGACGCCAGCGACGCAGCAAGAGGAAGGGCAACUGGCAGUGAUGGGCGAGACCUCCGAAACGCAUCCAAGGCGGUCGGGCUCGAUCGCGAUGAAGGGCGCUCCUCCGAAGGAGCCACCGUUGAAGGCAGCGGACAAGGACGACCAGUCGAAACCAGCGACCCCGUUGGUCAAGGAGAGUUCGUCCAAAAAGAGUAAGAGGGUCCGCCCACAGUCGAUGGAUAUUGAUGAGCGCUCGCCUUCACGGCCGAGCACACCGAAAUCCGACUCGACAUCUAAGGCCGGACCUGCCAAGACUCCCACGUCUGUCAAGACUGCGGUGCCGAACCUAUUACUCCCUUCAUUCGGUAGUACGUAUCGGAUGAAGAAGAAUCCUUCCAUCCUCAAACAGCUCGCACAGCUUGCACAGCUACUCUUGCGGUCCCAACAGGCACCCGCGAACCAUGUCUUCAUCUCGAACGAACCGCCCAGGGUCAAGAAGGCCCUGGCCAUAGGCAUUCACGGGUUGUUUCCAGCCAACUAUCUGCGGCCCAUGAUCGGACAGCCGACGGGGACCUCGAUCAAGUUUGCCAACCACUGCGCCGAGGCUAUCAGGAGGUGGGCCGACAGCCACGGCUGCGAAACGUGCGAGAUCGAGAAGGUGGCUCUCGAGGGCGAGGGGAGGAUCGCCGAACGGGUGGAGAACCUGUGGAAGCUCCUGCUCAACUGGAUCGAGCAUAUACGCAGUGCAGACCUGAUCAUCCUGGCGUGCCACUCCCAGGGUGUUCCGGUCACGAUCAUGCUGCUCGCCAAGCUCAUCGAGCUUGGCAUUGUGACGAAUGCGAGAAUCGGCGUGUGUGCCAUGGCUGGCGUGUCCCUCGGCCCGUUUCCAGACUACCGGUCCGGUAUGGGAAUUCUCAUGGGCUCGGCGGGCGAGCUGUGGGAGUUCUCCAAGCCUGAGAGCGAGAUAUCGAAGAGGUUGGAGGAGUCUGUGAAGGCGGUGCUAAAUUACGGCGCGCGGAUCACUUACAUUGCGAGUAUGGACGACCAAUUGAUUCCCAUGGAGUCUGCGCUUUAUUCGCCAGCCAACCACCCCUAUAUCUACCGAUCAGUUUUCAUCGACUGUCGGAUCCACGCCCCCGAUUUCAUCGCAAAUCUUGUUGGCUUUGCCCUGAAGUUGCGGAACCUCGGCGUGACCGAUCACGGACUCAUCAGGGAACUCUCAGUCCCGCUUGCUGGCAGCCUUUACUCUGGCGAGGGCCACUCACGGUUAUAUGACGACGAGCAGGUCUACGACCUCGCCGUAACCCACGCCCUAGAAACGACAGACGUCACCGGAGCCCGAUGCGAGAUACAACAGCGACCAACGCAGCAGCAACAACAGCAAAGCGGAAGCAACAGCAGCAACAGCAGCAGCAGUAGCAACAACCCGUAUCACCUGCCGUGGAUCAUGCGCGGCCUCCUGGAGGAGGAGUUCGUCCGCUCAGAGCUCGGCGCCGAGACGGCGGACCUGCUGGCGCAGUUCGACGACUGGAAGCCCGUCACCAAGGCGCUUAAGGAUGUCAAGUACCGGCUUGAGGCUGUUAGGUCGAAGCUGUGAGGGUUUUGUUUUCUUUCUUCUUUGCAAGCGGUGGUGUUUUGUUUUUAUCCUUGUCUUCUUGUUCGGGACAGGGGAGAGGGGGGGAGGAUGGCGCCUAAUCUAGACUGGUAGAUGUGUUUAGAGAUCGAUACCCGGGUGUGGAUGGCUCACCCUAUUUUCUGGACGUCCGAUAUCUGACUAUGACAUGGCACGCGAGGCUUCACUUGCGAGGUUCGCCUGUGUGCAGAUACGCAGGCCAGGGAUAUUUUCCAUGGUAUGGGGUUCUUGGUGUAACUGUCUUUUCUUCUACUGUACAACAGAGAGAGUCUAUAUUUACAAAUGUGAACGGACAUUGUAUUUUGAUA